AUGUUUGACAAUGCUAAGAAUUUCGUCGGUGUAAAACGGGAGCUGGAUGAACUUCGCCGGCUGUUUCACAGCCAACAGUUCCAGAACGCUGUCGCAAAAGAGGCAGCAGACGACAAAAUAGAGUUCCGGUUUAUUCCAGCACGUUCACCAAACUUCGGCAGGCUGUGGGAGUCCGCGGUGAAAUCCUUCAAGUCGCUUUUCAAACGUUCGAUCAGCUUGCACACUCUAGUGUAUGACGAAAUGCAAACGGUUUUGGUUCAGAUCGAGGCGAUUUUGAACUCACGACCGCUCACCCCAGUUAGUAACGACCCAGACGACUACGAAGCGCUAACACCGGGACAUUUCCUGGUACAGCGACCUCUGACAGCAGUUCCAGAACCCGAUCUUGAAGCGAUACCAGAAAACCGACUCUCGGCUUGGCAAAAAACACAGCGGUUCACGCAGCAGUUGUGGAAGAAAUGGUCGACACAGUACCUGUCGAAUCUUCACAACAGGACAAAGUGGACACAACAAAGAGACAACAUACGUGUAGGCACUAUGGUUGUUCUCAAGGAAGAGAAUCUACCUCCGCUAAAAUGGCAACUAGCGCGAGUGACGGAGAUUCAGCAAGGACCAGAUGAAAACGUACGAGUCGUCAAGGUACAGAUAAAGGAUGGUAGUUAUAAACGAGCGAUCUCGAAGGUCUGCGUGCUACCCAUCCGCGAUAACUUCAUUUCAUGA